AUGAAAGUGGUUGACGCUGUGAAGAAUGACGUCCGCACGGAUGUGACCUGGAACAAGGUCGGUCGGCUAACGACCAAGGCGGCGAGGGCAUUGCCUUCUGCCACCGCGCAGUACAUGAUCGACAAGGUGCCCAUCGUCGGCUGGCUGCCCCGGUACAACGUCCGAUGGCUCAUCAACGACACCAUCGCCGGCUUGACGCUGGGUCUUAUGCUCAUCCCUCAGGGCCUGUCCUAUGCCUCACUUGCGACGAUUCCCAUCCAGUAUGGCUUGAUGUCGAGCUGGUUUCCAUCAGCCCUCUACGCCUUCAUGGGGACCACCAAAGAUUUGUCUACCGGCCCGACCUCCCUCAUCGGGCUCCUCACAUCGGACAUCGUCGCGUCCUUCGGCGAGGGCUCACCAUACUCGCCUCAGCAGAUCGCGUCCGCGGUUGCCCUGUCAAUGGGUAUAUUCGGCAUGAUCUUGGGUUUCUUGAAGCUUGGCUUCCUGUUGGAGUUCAUCUCCAUCCCCAUCAUCACUGGCUUCAUCUCAGCUGUGGCCAUCACCAUCCUGCUCAACCAGAUGGGCUCUCUGCUCGGCUCGGACGUUUCAUCCGACGGUGCUGCCAGCCAGAUCCAUGACGUCUUCGCAAACCUCGGUGGAGCCAGUGGCCUCACAUGCGCCAUCGGCUUCUCAUGCAUCGCCUUUCUGACCAUCCUCGACAAGUCUGGGAAGCGGUGGGGUGACAAGAACAAGGUCAUCUGGCUUCUGUCCAUUCUGCGCGCUUUCCUGGCCUUGGUCCUCUACACGGGCAUCAGCUACGCAGUGAACCACAACCUGGGUGAGGACGACCACCUUUUCAAGGUGGUCAAGGUCAAGUCCAACGGUCUGGAGACGCCUCAGAUCCCUUCGAUGGACCUUGUCAGCCAGGUUGUUGGCAAGAGUAUCACCGUGUUUGUCGGUGCGGCCAUCGAGCACACAGCCAUUGCGCGGGCCUUCGGUGUGAGGAACGAUUACAUUCCUGACCAGAGCCAGGAGCUCUGUUACUUUGGAGUUUGCAACUUCUUUAACAGCUUUUUCCAUUCCAUGGGUGUUGGCGGUGCCAUGUCCAGGACAUCUGUCAACUCUUCCUGCAAAGUCAAAUCACCGUUGUCCGGUUUUGUCACAACUGCGAUCAUUCUCGUGUCCAUAUACAAGCUGGUGGGUCUCCUUUACUGGAUCCCGAAGGCGGCGCUCGCAGCAAUCAUCAUCUGCGCGGUGUGGCCCCUAAUCUAUCCGCCCUCGACCUUCUAUCGCUUCUGGAAGACCUCCCUCGCCGACUUCAUCACGUCGAUGCUGGCUUUCUGGAUUACUUUGUUCUAUUCGACUGAAUUCGGUAUCUUCAUCCCAGUCGCUUUCAACAAAUUGGCUUCUUCUCUCGACGCCGCACGGGGAUUGCCGACGUCGCAUGUUGCUGAUCAGAUGAUGCUGGAUGUUCAUGUCUUCCGCUUCAACGAGUCGUUCUUUUUCCCGAACUCGCACCGCCUGACAGCACGCAUCCUGGACUCGGUCCAGACUCACCACGGCCCCAUCUACAACGGUUCGCGAGGCGCGGAGAGAGAGCGAAACUGGUCCGUCGUGGCUGAGAAGCGCACAAACCGCCUCCGGGUUGCAGCUGGUGUCACUGACCCCUCGGCCCUGCCACCUAUCGGCCUGGUCGUGCUUGACUUCGGAAGGGUCAACCACAUCGACAUCACUGCCGUGUCGCACCUCAAGACUCUGACAGCCGAGAUUUACAAAUACGGCGGCAAGGGUGUCGAGUUCCGCUUCGUCGAUAUGAGCCCUUACGUGCGUGAGAGGUUUGAGAGGGCGGGGUGGAGGAUCGUGGACGGCAGCGUGCCGCUCUCCUUGUCCGAGGCCGAUGAGGCCAAACAGACUAGGCUCUUCAACUCAGUUGCCGAGGCUGUCAUGGCGCCCAGGAUGAGGGACUCGCACUUCGAGGAGCAAUAUCUGGAGAAGUCAGACACGGUGAACACGCUGAAGCCGACAGCGUCGUACAUGGAAGAUGCCUGA